CAUCGUUACAGGAAGUAGGAUGUAAACACGUCAACGUUCGUCUUCUAACUUUUUGAGUUUGGAGGUCCAAGAUGACUGAAGUGAGCCAUCAGCAGUGGGGAGAGGUGUCCAGCCUGGGCAGUGUGGACCUGUGGGUCCUCAAAUCUAACCUGUUGCGCGUGGAGGUCCUCACCCUGGGUGCAAUCAUUAGGUCUGUUUGCAGCAGAGGGGAGGAUGGUCAGAUGAAGGACAUAGUCUUGGGCUAUGAUGACCUGGAAGGUUAUGUGUCAGAUAAGCGAUACCUGGGAGCUGUAGUAGGACGUGUGGCCAACAGGAUCGCAGGGGGAUGCUUUGUAGUGGACAGAAAAGAGUACCAACUCGAUAUCAACAAUGGGCCUAAUGCACUGCAUGGAGGGCUGCAGGGUUUCAAUAAGGCAAUCUGGCUUGCUACAGCAGUGGAAGGUGGGGUACAGCUGAGUCUUACCAGUCCAGAUGGUGACCAGGGUUAUCCUGGUGAGGUACAGGUUUCUGUCACCUACACACUACAGGGGGAAACACUAACUGCUGACUACCAAGCUAGAUCAACUAAAACCACCCCCAUCAACCUCACCAACCACUCCUACUUCAACCUUGCUGGACAGGGUGCAGCAGAUAUCUACGACCACCAAGUGUUGAUCAGUGCUCAGUCCUACCUGCCAGUGGAUGACACAUCAAUUCCUACAGGAGAGAUCAGAGCAGUGGCGGGCACGCCCUUUGACCUCAUAGAGCCUGUUCUGAUUGGACCUCGGCUGAAGGAAGUACCAGGUUCAGGUUUCGACCACAACUUCUGUCUUUCAUUUCCUGGAGACACCUAUGCUGAGAGAUAUGCUGCCAGAGUGCAUCACCCGGCCAGCGGGCGUGUCCUGGAGGUAUCUACUAGCCAGCCUGGUGUCCAAUUCUACACUGCCAACUUCUUGGAUGGCUCUAUGACAGGAAAGGGUGGGGCUAGAUAUGGGAAGCACAGCUCCUUCUGUCUGGAGACACAGAAUUGGCCUGAUUCUGUCAACCAGGCUUCAUUUCCUGAUUGUCUCCUGAAUCCUGGUGAGGAGUACCGACAUGUCACUCACUUCACCUUCACCACUGCCUGAUCUGACCCUCAGACCUCUAUGGGCAAAGGCCUGCCAAUGCUCCAUUGGUCUUUACAGGAAAAACAUGAAUUAAUCCUGUAUAUACUGUAUAAGAUGCUCAUAGUACAACUUGACCAACCUGAAGAUGUGAUGAUACAUUACAUCCUUUCAUUACUCUAAAAAAGUAAAAAAGAGCUAACUCACU